CUUUGGGAAGGCAUUGUCAUGCAAAUAAAGGACGCGUAAAAAUAUUCGCCCGGAGCACGGCGCAGUUCAGAGACUCACACGGACCGCCAGGAGGAACGCACGCAUCCCGGGGCCACAAAGUGGUUUAUCUGUCGCCAGGACACGGACCCGUCCAUCCGUCGCAGACAUCUGCAUGGCCACAUGAGCAGCGACAUAUAGCCAGGAAGCUGGUUGGACCGCUGAAGGAAGGGAUCCAGCAACCAGGAGGCUGCACUUUGGUGAAUGUGGUCAUCCUGCCAGUCUCCGCAGUGAAAUCGGAGGUGUCUUUUCUUCAUCUCCUUGUGCAGAUUACCUGCUGCUGCUACUAGAGAAGGAAAACUACAUCCACACACCCCUGGAGCGCUUUUAGACACUUUUAUAUUUUAGGGGGAUAUUCUCUGCACAUUUUUGCACACCAAGUGUGCCAUUUUCCCUUUUUGUCCUUUUUGGGAUAUAUCCAGUGAUCGUUCACCGUUAAAGUGCCUUAAAACUGGGUAAAAUCCAGCAUAACUGUGGCACUGUAUCAGACCAGAGACGCUCGACACAGCUUUAGAGCCGAGACAGGAUUAUUUCUCGUCCCCCCCCUCACCCUCCAGCGAGCUGCAAACAUGAGCCAGGCGGAUGUCUCGACUUGCUCCGCGCCGCAGAGGGUCUUCCAGGAGGCUGUGAAGAAGGGCAACACCAAGGAGCUGCACUCGCUUUUGCAGAACAUGACAAACUGCGAGUUCAACGUCAAUUCCUUCGGGCCAGAGGGACAGACAGCGCUCCACCAGUCUGUGAUCGACGGUAACCUGGAGCUGGUGAAGCUGCUGGUGAAGUUUGGUGCAGACAUCCGACUGGCUAACAGGGAAGGGUGGAGCGCUUUACAUAUUGCCGCCUUCGGGGGCCACCAGGACAUUGUGCUAUACCUCAUCACCAAGGCCAAGUAUUCCUCUGGGGCCCGGUGAUCUGUCUUUGCUGUCAGGUAAAAAUAGAACAUUUUAAUAAAACAAAAAACACAUCAGCAACAAAUUUCAUCCUAAACUGCAAUGCACGAAGAAAUAAAUAACCGCUGCCAUUAUUUACAUAGUUGUGCCAAAAUGUAUGAUUUAAUCUCCCAUCACUGUAAAUCAAGCAGAACCAUCGGUGCGCACCAGAGCCGGCCCGAGGCUCUAAGAAGCCUUUAGCAGAAUUUGAUUUGGGGGCCACAUUUCUUCCACUUCUGUAAUGAUUUAAAAACUAACAUUUCAGACAUCCUAUGAUGCUUUUAGGGCUAAAUUCAAUGCAAAUUUAAAUAGAGGUGAAGUCAAAGAAAAUGUUUUCAAGCACUAAGAGCUUAAAAUAUUCCAGGCUGCCUUUUGGUACUUUGUGGAAUAACAGUAACAACUUUUUAGUUGUAUAUGUAACUGCAGGAAAAAAAUUGUGAUUUCAAGAAAAUUUUAAAGACUUAUCCACCAUAAAACAUCAAGCAGAUAAUAUUAAACCAAUUCACGGUUCAAACACCAAACUACAGACAUUUACAUCUAGUACGUGUCCUUUAAAAAAGAAAACUUGAUUCUCUGACGAUUUCAAAUCUAUGAAAUUUACUUUCUCGAGAGCAUCUAAUAAGCUUUAAAAGUAUACAAAUUUCUGUAAAUAAAUCUAACAUUUUAAGCUCUACAUUCUAUGUGGAAGAUGGGCCCCCUGAUUGUUUUGGGGUCUUAAGCAGUGUUCUAGUUUGCCUAUGCCUCGGGCUGGUUCUGACUUACAAUCACACGGCGCUCUUAAAAAAAGCACCUCACUCCAGUGAGUUUGUUGGUACUUAAAGUUUUCGUCUUGAAUGUUCAUACAAGAUCAUUAUAGAAGAAGCUGCCACAGUGUGUGUUUAUGUAUGGACUGCGGAGUGCAGAUGGCCCAGUUUUUUAAUUCAAAGAGAAUUUUCUCUUUGCAGGAGCACAGAUUUGACCUGUUGCUCUUCAUUGUAUAAACCCAAUUUCAUUUUUUUAAAUUUUUUUGGUUAAGUUAUUUUUAUGUGAAACACGGCACUUGAUGCUGCUCGGCUGCAUGCUGGAAUAUCUGAAAGGGAAGACAUGCGAACGAGAGGAGAAGCCUUUUUGCUGGUUUCCUGAGGUCUCUCUUUUUUCCCCUUAAGUCAGUUUAACUCAGAAUGAAAAUCAUUUUAGUUACAUCUAUGUUUUUAUAAAAUAUGGGUUCCGAUUCAUUUUUUAAGUCCAAAUUACACACUCUUCUGGACAUAAAUCAAUCAAUUCUCAUUGCAAAGUUUAUAAUCUACAUUUUUAAGACAUUUUAUUUUAGGCUUUGGAAAAGGAAACCUGCGAAAAUCCCAGACUGCAAACAUGGAUGAAUGCAUUAUUUAGACAAUGGGACAGUGAAUAAAGUCUGGACAUGCAAAUAUUAUAUAUAUAUUUCUUGAGAAUUGAUUUCAUUUUCCAUACAGCGUAGGAACCAUGUGUAACAAGUGACUCCAUCAUUGUUGUGAAGUACUGUACACAAUAGCUUUACCUUUUUGACAGUUGCUGAAUGGGCUCUGCAAACACACAUCUUGCCAUUGCUGGUGUGCCAACCUUUCAGGCCAGUGCGACCACUCCGCCCUGGUGGUCAUCGUAUUAAGAACCGCUGCUUUCGCUUUAUAUGUUGUUUUUUAAAAAGAGGAACAUUUGGAUUUCACUUUAUAAUCUCCUUUCAGUAUUCUGUUAACCCCUAGUCAUCACUGUGAAAGCAGGCUGGUUUUAUUGUUAUUUUUUUAUAUUUAUGAAGGUACAUUGAGAAGAUGCAUUUUUGAAUAUGUUGUGGUUCUACUUUUAAAAGAAAAACAUCUGUAGAGUCAGAGUAUAGUAGGUGACUCAAGCUGCUUCAGACUCUUCUUUUUUUGUUUAAACCCAAACCUGCAACCCCCUCUUUAGAUAACCGACACAGCUUUAGCCUGUUGACCCUCAAAAGGACUUUUAGUUAUGCUGACUUUUUUUCCCAUUUGGUUGCCCUUUUCCCAGCUACCUCGACUGUAAAGUGUUCUCAAGCUGUUCUUCCUUCUCCCAGUUUGUCCCCACCAAUCAUGCCAGUAUCUGUCUGCUAUGUAACUUUAACAGAGAAGAUGGACUUCGGUGCAGAAGAUGCAAUGCAUUCCUCAGUCAGAACAGUUAUGUUACACUACAACCAAACCAGUGCUGACAAAAGCAUGCUUCCCAUCUAAACUCCUCUCACUCCCUCUCUGUCCUCUCUCUGUCCUUAUCAGCCUGUUUUAUGAUUAUUUUUUCAUUGUAUAGCAUGACUUAUAAAUGCAGGGAGUUUUAUUGCACAAAAAACAGAGCCUUGCGCGCCCCUAGUGUUCAAAGGGGGUAACUUCAGAAGGCUUUGGGAUAUUUUCUACUACUGAGCAGGAUCCUUUUUACUGAUGGACAAUGAAGACUUUAUUGAUAAAUAACAACACAUGACUAUUGCAGGAUGUCACACAACAGAUAAAACAGGAAAUUUGGGUUUUGUAAGCUUGCCUGCUACAUUUUGAAAGUCAUGACACCCUAACUAUUUGUUUUUAACAAUGCUGCUUGUUUUAUGUCUUUUCUUAAUUAUGAUUUUUUUUUUAAAGCCUACUGCUUCACAGCAAUACUGGUCCAAUUCAUGAGAAGCUUUUAAAAAAGUGUCUUUUAUUUUGACACUGUGUUUGCUUCUCAUGGGGACCCGUGUGACCGGGUUUAAAACAGUUAUCAAGCCAGACUGAGAACUUCCCAGGAAAAACAAACAAAUAAACAUCCGGAAUCCUAUAAUAUAGCUCCACUAAGUUAAGGUAUAGAUACGCAUCAGGCAACAAAUAAAAAUAUGCAUCGCUUGUGUUAAACUUGAUCUUUCUUUUUUUUUUUUUUUUUUGAGAAAAAAAAAUAUUGCACUGAUGACUGUCGUUAAAAAGUUGACUUUUAUAUGUCAACAUUUAAUUUUUUUUUCUGAAUAGAAAAAAAAAACACAAACACAACAAAAUACUAUUGUAUAUGUAUACGCUCCAGGUGAUAAUGUCCUAAUGUAUGUUUUACUUUGUGGAAAAAAACAAAAAAACAUUUUUCAACAAAGAUGUGUGUAUCUCUGUGAUUGGGUGUAUGUAUAUAUACAUAUGGAUAUAUAUAUCAAAGCUGAUGAUGAUGAUGAUGAUAUCUCGGGGCACUUUCUUUUCUGAAGUGCUGUCUUCCUGUUGUGUCGUUUUAAAAGGGGGAAUAAUACAUUUGAUGGUAAGAUCAUUGUAACGAUGUUAAAAAUUGCACGCUUGUGUGGUUAUUCGGCUCACCGAGUCAUAACAUUUAUGACCAGCAGAGCCAGCUGUCGGACUGGUGUACAUGAGUGAGAUGAUAUUUUUUUUCUAGAAAAA